CCGCAGGAGCAGCGAAGCAGGCGACGGAGCAGCAACAACAACAACAGCGGCGGCACUCAUGGCGGAGAGCGACUGGGACGCGGUGACGGUGCUGCGCAAGAAGGGCCCCAGCGCGGCCCAAGCCAAGUCCAAGCAGGCCGUCCUGGCGGCGCAGAGAAGAGGCGAAGACGUGGAGACCUCCAAGAAAUGGGCGGCGGGCCAGAACAAGCAGCACUCCAUCACCAAGAACACGGCAAAGCUGGACCGGGAGACGGAGGAGCUGCACCACGACCGGGUGCCCCUCGAGGUGGGCAAGGUCAUCCAGCAGGGCCGGCAGGGCAAGGGCCUCACCCAGAAGGACCUGGCCACGAAAAUCAACGAGAAGCCCCAGGUCAUCGCGGACUAUGAGUCGGGGCGGGCCAUCCCCAACAACCAGGUGCUGGGCAAGAUCGAGAGAGCCAUCGGCCUCAAGCUCCGCGGGCGGGACAUCGGGAAACCCCUCGAAAAGGGUCCCAAAGGGAACUGAGGACAAAGCCUCGAAGUCAGUGCGCCCCGACUGACCCGCUUCUUCCUCCUCCUCCUCCUCCGGCCGAGCAGCUUCCCUUCGAGCGGCUUCAGCGUCGGAGCAAACCUCCAGGAUUUCAGCCCUGCGGUUGUUCUUGUUGUUGUUUUGGGAGGGGUGGGAGGGAGAAACGUCUGUAUAAACUUUCCUCCCCAUUUGGGACGGUCCUCCGUCCCGCCUCUUUCUUCUCCUUCCAAAAGCGAGUGUCCGAAAACUAAUAAUAAACAAGCUGCGACUUGAACCUGCCAGGGGCAAAAGAAA